AUGCGCCUUUGCUUCAGCUGCGAUGUGGCCGUAGUCGGCGGCGGAGUCAUCGGCACCUCUGUGGCGCUGCACUUGGCGGCGCAGGGUGGUGCCAAAAUUGUGGUGUUCGAGCCAGACGCAAAGUACACAUACGCUUCAGCUCCUCGAUCUGCUGGUGGUCUGAGACAGCAGUUCUCCCUGCCCGUGAACGUGGAGCUUUCCCUCUACGGCAUUGAUUUUCUUAAGCACGGUCUCCGACGGAUGUGUGAAGGCGUUGAUGUGGACACUGAUGUGCAGUUCAAGGAGAAUGGCUACCUCCUCCUCGCAACUCCUGAUGGAGAGGCCGCUCUUCGCGAGAACAAUGCCGUGCAACAUUCAGCUGGCGCUGGCUGGAUUACUUUGCUUGGCCCGACGGAGCUGAAAGCAAGAUUUCCGUGGCUCUCGACGGAUGGGGUCGCUGUUGGGUCCUUUGGCGAAAGAAACGAAGGCUACUUCGAUCCAUGGGCACUACUUCAGGCCAUGCGCAAAGGAGCAAUGGCGAAAGGAGUGCGGUUUGUGGAGAGGUCAGUGACGGCCAUGCGAACGGCACCGGACAAGAGAAUUGCCGCGGUCCGGCUGUCGGAUGGCACCGAAGUCACCACUAAGACAGUGGUCAAUGCAGCAGGUGCCUGGGGUGGGAAGGUGGUGGACAUGUGCGGUGAAGUCACGCCGCUCCCUGUUGUCCCCCGAAAGCGGUGCAUUUUCCUGUUCCAUGCGGGCGUAGAGGUUGCAAGUGAUGGCCUGCACCCGCGUCCGCCAGAGAACACGCCGCUCACUAUUGAUGCCAGUGGCGUCUACUUUCGCUCAGAGGGUUCGCGGAAUCGCUUCUUGUGUGGCGUCAGUCCGCGGCCGGAGGCUGACCUGGAUUGUGAUGUAGAUUCUCUCAUGGACGUGGACCAUGACUUGUUUGAGGACGUGAUUUGGCCAGCCCUGGCUGACAGGGCUCCAGCUUUCGAGGCGAUCAAGCUGGAAUCCUCGUGGGCGGGCCUCUACGAAUACAAUACCCUGGACCAGAACGGUGUUGUAGGGUGGCAUCCUGACGUGCCCAACUUACUGGUGGCCUGUGGCUUCAGUGGUCACGGGCUGCAGCAGGCCCCCGGAGUCGGGAAGGCUGUGGCGGAGCUGCUCUCCCUGGGUGGGUAUCAAACUAUUGACUUGUCGGUGCUGGGCUACGACCGCAUCUCUCGCAACGAACCCGUGUUUGAACGCGGCAUCUACUGA